AUGGUGUUCCCCGCUGUAGACUCCGUCGAGGCUGUAACCGCCCGUUUCAAGGAGCUUCUCGAAAAGGCGCAAAAGAUCAAGGCCAGCGAUUCUAUCGAGCCGCAGAUUUCCGCCACCGAUCUGCUGGAUGGUGAAUCACUUCUCUUGAGUGACAACAUCCAACAUCAGGUGUCCCACAACACCGUCGCAGAAAUAGCCGCAAAGAAUCUCCUACACCACCUCGUGGCAACGACCACGAUCGAUGAUCCUUCGUUCGUCCAUGUCUGGAAUCUCCUUGACGUAGUCUUGACAUGCAGCGAGCGCAACCAGUGUGAUGGCUUGCUCAUAUUCUAUCUCGCUGAAGAGCUGCUUGACAGUCAGAGCAUCGAUGGAUGCAGACGGGUUUUCGACUACCUCGAGUCUCGGAGGGAGCGUUUGGUGGCUGGCGACUUUCUCCAAAACUCUGGCGCCAGCAAGCGUAUAGUUGUGCUACGCUUUUGCAACGAACUGCUCCGGCGGCUGUCUCGUGCUGAGGAUGCAGUGUUCUGUGGACGUGUCUUCAUUUUCCUGUUCCAGACAUUCCCUCUCGGCGACAAAAGCUCGGUCAACUCGCGCGGCGAAUUCCACGUCGAGAAUGCCACUGCGUUUGAUGAGCCAGCAUCUUCCAAGGACGAGAAGCUCGAUGGAAUGGACAUAGAUCCCGAUUCGAAACAGGCAGUGCCAUCCAUCACUACUGAGAGUGCAGCCGCGGAUGAUGAUGCCAAAGCGGAGCAGAAGAAGGAUAGCAGAGUACUAGACACCGAUACGCUGUAUCCCAUCUUCUGGACCUUGCAGCAGGCCUUCUCCAACCCACCGAAACUGUUCUCGGGCGACUAUCUUGCCGAGUUCAAGUCUGGAAUCGAACAUACUAUUGCCAAAUUCAAGGAUGUUCCAAAGGUCAUGCCGACGAAGAAGCAGGACAAGAGCGACGACAAGGAAGGACUCAAAAACGAAAGCAAACUCGAGGGCAGGACUGAAGGCAAAGACGAGAGCACUGGCGCCGAAGACGGCCGUGGAGUAAAACGGAAGCACGAAGACGUCGAAGAAGAGUUCGCCAGUCCCUAUAACCCGAAGUACCUGACGAGCAGAGACCUGUUCGAGCUAGAGCUCAGCGAUCUGGCAUUCCAGAGGCACAUACUGGUUCAGGCGCUGGUCCUCCUUGAUUUCCUACUCUCAUUGACAGAGAAGUCGAAGGAGAAGACGCAGAAAUGGUUGUCAGCCGUGAGCAAUCCGAAUCGAGCCGUUCAGUACAGUUACACUCUAAGUGCUGCAGAUGCCGAAUGGGCAUCCAAAACCAGGACAGCGAUCACGACCUACCUCCAGCUUCUACCGGACGGCAAAUUUUACUACCGGAUGGUGGACACGGUCCUCUCUCGUGACAAAAAUUGGGUCCGGUGGAAGAUGGAGAGCUGUCCACCAAUUGCACAGCCGCCAGUCUCCCCCAGCGAAUUCCAGGAGGCAAAGGCAGGAGCGCAGCGCGCGUGCACGAACAAGCGGCUCAAGUCGUCAGUGCUGGGGUCGUUGAACCUGUCAUUUCUAUCCGAUGCGGCGAUCAGUAGUGGGCUGCAGGGGCUCAAGGAGUCGUCGAGGUACACGAUUCCUACGGCCGAGUCGCUGCACAGGGGAAUACAAGAGGACGAAUUAGACAUGGAGAUGGCCAUGGAGGAUGAGGAUAAGCACAGGUUGCAGGAGGCUAAAGCAAGCAAAACGUGGAGGGCACUCCGCGUUGCAUCCAAGGACAGGCUAAGCUUAUUCGACAAGAUCGACGACGGCAAGCAGCUCCAGGCGCUGUUCGAGCCUGAAGGCGGCGAUGACGCAGGCAAAGAUGAGCGGGCGGCGACCGAGGCGGCGGAGAGCAAGGUUGACGGGUCCGUGGCGGAAGCGGCAUCACAGGUGCAGAUGCAGGAGGAAGAACGGGCCGAGCAGCAAGGCAGUCAAGUGACGGCACGGUGA